UUGUUUCCCUCCACAUCAACACACUCUCUCUCUCACUAUAUAACUAUUUGCACCCCCCCUCUUUUAUUUUUCACACCCACUUCACAAUGACUACUAUUUGUGAACAACAACAACAACACAAGUUUCAUUCUUCCUACCAACCCCUCUCUCCCAAAAAACCUCUCCGUGAAAUUGAUAUCCCACCCAGAAAACUCCUCACCCGCCGUACCGCCGACAUGUUUUCCGACGACACAAUCCUUCAAAAAUUCCUCCCUCACAAUGACUCCGAUUCCGAUUCAGACGAUCCCUACUCGUCCGACCAUUUUCGGAUGUAUGAAUUCAAAGUCCGGCGAUGUACUCGUAGCCGGAGUCACGAUUGGACAGACUGUCCAUUCGCACACCCCGGCGAAAAAGCACGCCGCCGAGAUCCUCGACGGUUUCAUUACUCAGGGUCAGUUUGCUCUGAGUAUCGCCGCGGUAGCUGUAACCGCGGCGAUACAUGUGAAUUCGCACAUGGCGUUUUUGAAUGCUGGCUUCAUCCAGCAAGAUACAGAACUGAAGCUUGCAAAGAUGGGAAAAAUUGUAAGAGAAAAGUUUGUUUCUUUGCCCACACACCUCGCCAACUUCGAAUCCUUCCAGUCACAUCUUCAAAUUCCAAUGAUCAAUUUUCAUGCAACAAGAAAAACAACAAGAUUUUGAAUAACCAUGUUGGUUCAAAAACAAACAAUUGUUGUUUGUUUUGUCAUUGUAAUGGUGCUAAUAAUUCUCCAACUUCAACACUUUUUGGUAUGUCUCAUUUCUCGCCGCCGGCGUCACCACCUCUGUCUCCGAUGAAACCACGAAAUGGGGUUUCUUCAGUUUCAUCUCUCGCACGCUACGGUUCAGUGAAUAAUAGUAAUAAUCUUCGUUACAGAGACAUGCUUGUUGAUCUUUUGGGUUCCUUUGAAGGAUUGAAUUUCAAUGAAAAUUCUUCAUCUUCUUGUUCUUCCCCUGUUUCAAAGAUACAGAACAACAACAUGGGUUGGCUUGAUCUUCCUCUUAACUCUGAAGAACAACAAUAUCAACAAUUUAUUGUUUCACCUUCUUCUUCUUCUUCUUUUGAUCAGCAACAACAAAAUUUUGAUAUUCAUCAGAAUUUGAUGACACCAAGCUUCAAUGAUAUUGGUGACAAUAACAUAAUUGAAAACAAAAUGAUGUUUUUGGGAAACGAGAAUAAUAAGAUGGUUGUUGGUGGUGGUGAGGUUAAUGCACCUGAUCUUGGAUGGGUUAAUGAGUUGUUGAUGUAAAAGGAUGUUCAAUUUUGAAGAUGAGAUUCUGAUCAGUGGGAGUGAAGUGUAAAUAUGGCCAUAACAUAUUUAUCUUCCUGCAAUUGUGAAAAAAUGAAAUUAUAGAUUUAUUUAUUUCUGCAGGUUUAUGUUCUUUUAAUUUAGUGUGUUUGUUAUUGUAUUGUUUUUCAAUGUUAAUUAAUUGCUUUUUUCUGAAUUUGCUGUUAUAUUGUGUAAGUUAUGCAUUUGGAUUUCAUCUUGGAUUUAUCUAUAAAAGGGAAUAUUUUGAGGGCAAA